AUGUGGUGUGCGAGAUGCUGGCUGCCAGAAGUGGCUCUGCUGUUGCUCAGUGUGUCUGGAGUUGACAUGGAUCAUCUCCAAGCUGAGAACCUGAAUCUGAUUUCUCCAGAUGAGCAUAACUUGGUCCUGAACCGUGGGAUGAGAGUGUUGCCCAGAGACUGCCAUGAAAUGCUGAUGACAUCUUCAGGCCAGGCCAGAGAUGGGGUGUACCUGAUCCAACCAGGUGACUCGCCUAUCGUAGUCUACUGUGCCAUGCAGGAGGGAGGCUGGACCGUGGUGCAGCAUAUCACCGUCAACAGCAGCGUGAAUUUCGAUCGUACCUGGGUGGAGUACAAGCAUGGCUUUGGGGAUGUAACUGGAGAUCACUGGCUUGGAAAUGAACACCUUCAUCAGCUCACCCGUGGCCCCGGGCGCUAUAAACUGGGAGUUAAACUAGUUGACCGAGACGCCAUCACCAAGAUGGGGGAGUAUGAUCCAUUCCUGGUGGAGAAUGAAUCAUUAGCAUACAGGCUGAGGCUGGGGUUGUUCCAGGGUACAGCUGUAGACGCUCUGACCCUGGACACAGAGAACUACCUGCACGACAACCAAAGAUUCACCACUAAAGACAGAGACAAUGACAACUACUUCCAAAAUUGUGCUAAGCUGGAAUUUCAGGGGGUGCCAGGAGGAGGUUGGUGGUACGACGCCUGUGCUGGUGCCAACCUCAAUCGCAGGAAUGUGAUCUACUGGCAAAAGGACUGCAACAAAGAGCGACUGUGCAAGUACGCAUGGAUGAUGGUGAGACCUUCAGACACAGUCAAACUGAUUCAAAGUGGAGACUGCAAGAAGGAUGAGCUAUAAGGACAUCAUUGUGAGGAUUUGUGAUGCUGGGUGACAAUGGGUUUGGCAGCUAUCGAGUGUCAAGAGUUUUUUUUUAGGUUUCUUUUGGCAAACACUACUGCAGGCUACAUGAGUGAUUCUUUUCUAAUAGACACUAAGCUGGACAUUAAAUUCACCACAUUUUAUUCAGAAAUGCCUGGACAUGAUCACAAAAUACUGAAAACAGCAAAAAAAUGAAUCACAAACUUGGAACACAGUAUAAAAAUGCAGUACGGUUUUAGCUCUAGCUUUGUUUCCAUCAUACACCAUUAUUAAUACAUGAAGCAAAGCAUCUCCUUCAUUCAUCAAAUUGCAAGUGCAGAUUUCUGGUUUAUCACAGUUACAAAAAAGUGUUUCAUGACAUUAUAGCUUAUGACACAUGUAAAAUAUCGUUUGCACGUCAUCUCGCAUCCAAUGCCUACAGAACAUUUCACAAACAGCUAUUUUUCCUUUUUUUUUGUUGCCACAGUACAUUACAAGUAACCAGAAAAUACAAUGAAGAUAAGAUGACAUUUUGAUUUAGCUACAGUAAUUCAGAGAAAACAAACACCGUUUUUUCAAAAAGAAAAUAUCCUGAGGAUAAGGAGUAAUAAACAGAUUAUAAUCAUCACUGUGUGCUCUUAAUUCCUCCACUGUUUUCUCAUCAUAAACACUGAUACUGUUGAGCAAGUUUAUCGUGUAGUUUGUACAGGUUAUAGGGUAAAUCAGUAUGUUCCGUUUUUUCUUUUAAUAAAUGUUUGUGUUUUAAUUUAUGGAAACCUUACUCUUUAUAUUCCACUGAGAUUUUGCAGGGCAGAAAACGCAGAACAUACAAUGUGAAAACAAUGAAGCUGAAUCUAUAUUCACUCGUCUGACAAAUGACAUUGGCACAUGUGAAAAGGCUUUGAUUAUCAUCAAGUUACAAUCUUGACUUAGCAAACAGAUUCUGACAUCAGGACAACACGUAUUAGCCCUUUACAAUAACAUAGCAAUUCUAAAGUGAGCAUCCUCAAUACAAACACAGUACCUACAGAAUAAAACACAUCUGUGUAUGUUACAUAUCAGGUGUAAGAGCAUCAGCUUUGGGGAGGAUACUGGCAAUCUUUACUACUUUUAACAGUGUAAAUUAUUACCUUGUAACCAUUUUAUUAUGUUGUUUUAUCAUGUUCUAGAUAUCAAACUGCAUCUUGAAAACAAUACAGUACAAUAUGAAAUAUGUUAAUUGAUGGCAUUACCUGCAUAAGAG